AUGUCCUCCUCCGAGUCUUCUUCUUCUCCCACCACGUCCAUACAUCACUUAUCAGCAUCAGCAACGGAAUCAACCGACCACCACCACGCCCACACCAAACGAACAAAAAGAAGAGGCAAAUUCUCCGACCUAGUCUUCACCCGCAACUUCUCCACCUUCGACCGCCAAAACGCCCUGGCAGCCUCCUCGCCCUUCCACGGCUUCUUCACCCUCUUCUGGCUCGGCAUCUCGCUCUUCGUCAUCAAGAUCGGCGCCGAGAACUGGCGGCAGCACGGCAACCCACUGGGUCGGAACGAAAUCCUGAAAAUCAUGUUCCACCGGGACUUGGUGGUCUUGCUCAUCGCCGACGGGGUCAUGUGUUUCUCCACUGGCUUUUCUUGGAUUCUGCAGCGUCUUGUUCGUCGGGGCGUGGUCGAUUGGGAUAAAGAGGGGUGGGUGUUGCAGAAUAUCUGGCAGUGUUUGUUCGUGGCUGGUGUUGUGGGUUUCCCCCUGGUGAGGGACUGGCCGUGGACGCAUACCGUUUUUUUCGUGAUGCAUGGUAUGGUCAUGUUGAUGAAGAUGCAUAGUUACGCGUUUUAUAACGGGUAUCUGGCGUCGGUGUGGAAGAAGCGGCAGCUGUUGCUGGGAAAGCUGAAGGAGCUUGAGCAUGUGGAGGUGGUUGCCAAGCAUGAUCCGGACAGGAGCUGGACGGAGCCGUUCCCGCUGCUGCCGAGAGACUUGUCGACAGAGCAUCUGUCGAGAGUGCCGUCGGCGCAGGAGUAUAAGGAGAGGAGAAGGAUGUCGAUUGCUGCGCAGCAAGGGGCUGAUACUCAGGAAGAAGAUGAUAUGGACAAGAUUGUCGCGGCGAUUGACUCGCGCGAGCCGUUGAAUGAGGAGCAGGUCCAUGUUUUUGAGAGGGCGCUGAAAUGGGAAGUGGACGCCAUGACGGAUGAGCUGAGAGGCAAGGCGACGGACGACAAGAGGGUGUAUCCGAAUAACCUUACGCUGGCCAACCAUUACGAGUUCAUCGUGCUGCCGACGCUGGUGUACGAGCUCGAGUAUCCGCGGUCCGAGUCCAUCAACUGGUACUAUGCUGCCGAGAAGAUGGUGGCCUGUUUCGGAGUCAUUUUCGUCAUGAUCAUGAUCUCGCAGGCUUUCAUCUACCCCGUGGUCAUGGAGACGGUCAGGAUGAAAGAGAUGGGGAUGCCGUUGAACGAGCGGUUCCGAUACUUCCCCUGGAUGUUGGCCGACUUGAUCUUCCCCUUCAUGAUGGAGUAUCUGCUGUCGUGGUAUCUCAUCUGGGAGACGAUCCUCAACUUUGUGGCGGAGCUGACCAAGUUCGCCGACCGAAGCUUCUAUGAUGCCUGGUGGAACUGCGUGUCGUGGGAUCAGUUCGCGAGGGAUUGGAACCGACCGGUGCAUAACUUCUUGUUGAGACAUGUGUACCACAGCUCCAUCUCGGCCAUGAAGGUCGACAAGCACACGGCCACGCUCAUCACUUUCUUCUUGUCGGCAUGUGUCCAUGAGCUAGUCAUGUGGUGCAUCUUUAAGAAACUGAGAGGCUAUUUGCUCUUUUUGCAGAUGUUCCAGUUGCCGCUUGUGAGUAUGAGCAGGACAAAGUGGAUGCGGAACAGGAAGACAUUGGGGAAUGUUUUCUUUUGGCUGGGCAUCUUUACGGGCCCGAGUAUCCUUUGCAGCUUGUAUUUGAUUCUGUAA